UCUGUUCAUUUUCUCCAUUUUAAUGUCUAUCUCUCAGUAUUAUAAAGGCUGAGAACUUGCAGCUAGAGUUUUUUUCUGACAUGAAGAGGGAGAGUAAGAUGAGGAAGCCAGUCGUGGAUUUGAAUCAGUCAAUGGAGUUCACACCUUCAACUCCAUCUCCGGAAGUGCACAACUUCAUGCCCAUGACUCCUUUUGCGUUGCCCUAUCAACAGGAAACCAAAGAUGACCAUGAGGAUGAAGAAGACCCAAGACAUUCCCGGCUUAUGGAGAUGCAAAGGAACAGUUUAGAAAUGUUCUGGAAUCAACAAAUAUUUGAGAUUCAUAAUACUUCAGCCUUUAAGAACAAUCAACUACCUCUGGCAAGGAUCAAAAGGGUGAUGAAAUCCAACCCAAAUGUGAAGAUGAUCAGCGCAGACACUCCAAUCGUGUUCUCAAAGGCAUGCGAGCUGUUCAUUCUGGAGCUGACUCUUCGUGCAUGGCUGCAAACUGAGGGAUGUAAGCGUCGAACGCUGCAGCGCUGUGACAUUGCUAGAGCCUUGAAGAACGAUGAGCUUUUUGAGUUUUUGGCCGAUUUUUUUCCUUUUGCUCAUAACAAGGACUCUGAUGGUGAAAAAUCCUCCGAAGAAGCUGAAGUUCUUCCUCCAAGUCAGAUGCAUUUCUCGGUUAUAGAUAUCAAUAGGGAUUUAGUCCCUGAUGAUCAGCAGCUCCUGAUGAAGCCAUCAUUCUCCGGUGCCGAACUCAAUUCUGGAUCUGCUUCUUCUUAAGUAAGUGGUGGAAGAAGCAGUUAUGAUCGAGAGGAAAAGGAAGCCAGUCAGCUUGGAAAAUUACAACUUGAAAUAAACGGAUGCAUAUCUCUUUAUAUAUAUGAAAUUCCUCAUUCCUGGACUUGGGAUAAAUUAUUAAGUGUUGUGGUGAAGCAAACAUAUUCUAAAUAUUUCUGGCCGUGUGUUUAGUUUGUUUUUGUAAUAUUACUUUUUUACUCAUAAAAAUCAAGUGUUUGAAAUAAGAUCCAGAAACUUAGAUAUA